AUGCAUUUUCAGAGCUGCCUGGUUACAGCAUUGGCUGUGCUCGUCUUCGAGAGCGUUGCCUCUCCACUUGAUGACACUCGUCUUCGAGAACGCAUUCCUCCAAACAUUUGCGACGGGAUCAAAGGUGUUGUCGACUCAUUGAAGAUCAACAAAGCGACAGCUUUCUGUUCGUCCUAUCUAAAGAUACCAACAGCCACUUCAACUGUGCUCGAGACUGUGACCUCGCCAUCGACAACAGUUGCUACCAUCACCAGUACCAGCACAGAGACCAUCUCCAUUACACCCUCGACUGGACCAGCUUCCACCUCAUACAUCUUCCUACCAGGCAACCCGCCAUCUACACCACCUCAACGCCGAGAAGUCGAAACACCAGGCCCAGAAAAGCGUGCGGCCGCAGCGGCAGCCCAGAACGCACCACCAAACUAUCUCCGCACCAACGCUCCCCCGCCAUCAUCUCACAGGCCUGCUCCUGCCUCAGCCUGGCCCCCCCAACCACAACAAUAA